AUGAACGAUGAUUCCGAGCCGAGCUUCGCGGCCCGGCAGCAGCAGCGCAUCCCGCCACACAAUUCCGAUGGGGAAAGCAGCCGGCGCAAUCCUAUCGACGAGCAAUCGCCCGAGCUGAACAGCAGCGGUCGAGAUGAUGGUGAUGAUGACCAGACGUCACGGCAGGAGAGGCGCAAAGCGGGCCUCAAGAAGAAGCUUCAGUUCAUGAGCCACCUGCAGAGAAACCUCGACAUGAUCUUCUUUGCCUAUCUCUGCACAUUAUACUAUAUGGAAUGUUCCUUUCUCCGCCUGUUCGUACGCAUCAUCCCACACUUCAUGUUCAUCACCCCGAAAGAGGGUCCCGUCCUCUUACCCGCCGAACGUCCUCAUGUCUUUGCCAUCCUCGGGCCGAACUUGGUAUGCAUACUCGCACAUAUCAUCUCCGCCCUACCGACCGCCGGCGAAGCGACGCGCGGGUAUUUACACGGGGGCGUGAUCGUCGACUUUGUCGGGCAGAAGCCACCAGCCACGAGGCUAUGUCUGUUAUUCUUUGAUGCGAUGAUACUGGCUGUUCAGUGCUUGAUGUUGGCAAUACAUACGGAGCGGGAGAAGCUGCGCAAGAUUGUGAACCCCUCGUUACAACCUCUCUGGCCUGGGCCCGGCCAAGCUGGACAGCAGGCGGGGACGCCAGGCACCCAGCCGGAGGCAACCCAAACUUUGGAUGCGGAAGAACGCGGAGUGAAUAGGGAAGACGAGAUUGCUAUCGGUGAUGGAGAUGGGAACGAAAGAGGUCCCCUAGUGGGAAAUAACCGUGGUGGUGAAGAGCAGGAUGAUGAACAGCGACUGGGGGCCAACUACUCGCCAGCAUCUGCCGGCAUAGACUUGUUUGACGUUAUGAGGUCAGGCAAUGCCAGUGUCGGCAGCUUUCAUCCAAUACACGCCGUACGGACGGUAGGGAAUGAUUACCAGACUGCUGCGGCGUACUCGCUCCAAAGCUUUGGGUAUCAUGCGGCCACCGUUGCUGGUAACCGGGGAGUUAGAGGAAUUGCUAGGAUUGCAAGUAGAGCAGCCGGAAGGGGGACAUGA